AUGGCCCCUACCAAAAUCGACGACCUUCCUGGCGAGUUACGCUACGUACAAUAUGAACAUGCCCUCGAGGCUCAGUAUUUACCCGCUAUCCGGGCAUUGAUCUCAAAGGACUUGAGUGAGCCUUAUAGCAUCUAUGUAUAUCGGUAUUUCUUAUGCCAGUGGGCACAUCUCUGCUUCAUGGCACUGAACCCAGUCGAUUCAUCUCUCAUCGGUGUUAUAGUGUGCAAGCUGGAAGUCCAUGCUUCACACUCCAACCCCACUCGAAGAGGCUACAUCGCCAUGUUGGCCGUUGCUUCUGACUUCCGUGGCCAUGGUAUUGCCACAGCCCUCGUCAAGAAGGCCAUCGACGCCAUGACCAAGCGCAAUGCGGACGAAAUUGUCCUCGAGACUGAAGAGACCAACGUUGCUGCUAUGCGAUUGUACGAACAGCUCGGCUUUUUGCGCACUAAGAAGCUACAUCGAUACUACCUCAACGGCAACAGUGCAUAUCGACUUGUUCUGCCGCUCAAGUACAUCGACCUUGACGCCAGCGCCAAUGACCUUGAAAUCGUCGAUGUAUAA